AUGGAAGUUGAUUCAAAAAUUCAAGCACCAAGCAAAUGGGACAAAUUGAAUUUUUUGGAAAAAAUUUUCCUCACUUGGGUAUAUCCAACAUUUUAUACCGGUUGGUAUAAAGAGAGUCUGGAGUAUACAGAUCUGUUUCGGUGUUCAGAUAAAGAUAAAGCACUCCCAGUGUCGACAGUAUUAGAAAAAAUUUGGAAAAUUGAAUGCAAGAAAAAGAAACCGAAAUUUUGGUGGGCUUUAAUCAAAACAUAUGGUUUGAAGUUUGCAUUUCCAACAAUAAUAUUUGGUAUCGGGGAAUGUUUGGUACGAAUAGCACAGCCCUUGCUAUUAGGGUUUGUCAUCGAUUACUUCAGUCACGUCCACGACAUCAGCUAUCAGGAGGCGUGUCUGGCGUCCGGGGGUAUCGUAUUUUGUUCGGCACUAUACGUAAGUUUACACCACCCGUGUCUAAUGCGCAACAUGACCAUCGGUAUGCGAUUACGUACCGCAUGCACUACAUUGAUGUAUAAAAAGUCACUAAAGUUAAGUCAAGCAUCUUUGGCUAAAACAACAGUGGGUCAGAUCAUUAAUAUAAUGUCCAAUGAUGUCAAUAGAUUUGAUGAGUUUUCGGUGACAAUGACCUGUAUGUUUGUAGGGCCCAUACAGACAGUAAUAGUAAUAAUAAUAAUAAUAUGCACAUACCUUGGAGUAUCAAGUAUGGUAGGUCUGGGUCUACUCAUACUGUACAUCCCGUUUCAAUUGCUGAUGGGUAAACUGUUUUCAAGGGCCAGACAACAAACUGCUAAACUAACCGAUUCCCGAUUGAGACUCAUGAAUGAGAUAAUAGCCGGUAUGCGUGUCAUAAAAAUGUAUACCUGGGAACAAUCGUUUUGCGAUUUAGUGACCAAAGCUAGAAAAUUGGAAGUCAACGAUAUACGCAAAGUUUGUUAUCUGAAAGCAAUAAAUUUGUCGCUGUUUUUCAUUGCCGCCAAAAUCAUACUCUUUGGUUGUUUCCUAACAUAUGUACUGUUGGGCCACAAGUUGUCACCCAAGGAAGUGUUCGUAACGAUGGCACUGUUCAAUAUGUUGCGCAUUACGUUGACCUGGAUAUUCCCACAGUCCAUAGCACAGGGAGCCGAACUGUUGGUCACCUGUAGACGAAUACAGAAUUUUCUCGAAUUAGAGGAACAGGGUGUUAAGCCACUGGUCAAUAAUGAUACUAAUAAUAGCAAAAAAUUGGUUAACAAAAUUAAUUUGUCAAGUAGCUUUAGUGCACCCAAUAAUAAUUUCUAUACAAAUAUUAACGGUAAUGGUACUAGUCAACUUAUUGUUCGAAACAUAUCGGCCAAAUGGAAUCAAGAUAUAAAAAAGCCAUCACUGGAUAAUAUAUCGGUCAACUUAAAACAGGGCGAUCUAUUGGCUGUUAUCGGACCGGUUGGCUCUGGAAAGAGCUCAUUCCUAAUGGCAUUACUACAGGAGCUUAAACUGCAAUCGGGUUCCAUUAGUAUCAAUGGAACGGUAUCUUAUUCGUGUCAGGAGCCGUGGAGUUUUAACAACAGUGUCAGAAAUAACAUACUGUUUGGUUGUCCCUAUGAUGAGCGCAGGUAUAAAGAUGUGGUACAUUAUUGUGCACUCGAACGGGACUUCAAACUAUUUUCGUUUGGCGACAGAACUUUAGUCGGAGAAAAAGGUGUUUCACUAUCGGGCGGCCAAAAAGCACGUAUAACACUGGCCAGAUCGUUGUAUCGAAACACCGACAUAUGCCUUAUGGACGACCCGUUAUCGGCAGUGGACGCAGCGGUCGCCGAACAUAUAUUCGAAAAAUGUAUAGUCAACUACCUGUCCAAUAAAAUCCGAGUACUGGUUACCCAUCAAAUUCAAUUUGUACGGAAAGCCACCAAAAUUCUUGUACUCGAUGACGGCAAGUGUCUGGGCUUCGGUACGUUCGACGAGCUUCUGGCUAUGGGUCUGGACUUUAUGUCACUUCUAGAAAAACAAGAAGAAGCAAAAGACAAUAAUGCCGGCGAUAAGAGUAGUCAACUAAGUGCCGAAAAAUGCAUUGAUAAUACUGUACGACAGGAACAGCCAUCUGAUAACGGGUCGGACGGAUCAGCAGUUACUGCGAGAGCCGGUUCGGUGCGUUUGAAAGCCAAACGUAGUACAAAACGUGAGCGACGGGACAGUCAGAGAGAAAUUGUAGACAACGAUGAAGAAGAGGAGGCGCCACAGGUUCAGGACGAACAACGAAUACAGGGGUCCAUCGGUGCCGGCGUCUACUGGGCAUACAUUAAGGCCGGUUCAGGUCCUAUACUGGGCUUUAUUACCAUACUUUCAACACUUGUAUCUCAAGCCUUAUUUCACGCAUCGGAUCUCUGGCUCAUGAAAUGGUCUAAUAAUAACGCCAAAGAAUCGAAAAACGACAGCGAUUUAGAGCUUAUCAUAUACUCGGCACUGAUAGCUGGCCUAUUCGUGACGACAAUGAUCCGGUCGAUGACAUGGUUUGCCAUUUGUAUGAUAGCAUCCAAGCGAUUGCAUAACACAAUAUUCAUACGGCUAUUGAGGGCACCGAUGACUGUGUUUGACAGCAAUCCAAUUGGUAGAAUUCUAAAUAGAUUCACCAAGGAUCUGGGCAUCAUAGAUGAAAUGUUGCCUGCUACUUCGUUCGAUCUGAACCUGACUGUUACCCAGGCUAUCGGUAUACUAAUAGUAGUGGCCAUUGCCGUCAAUCCAUACCUAAUCAUACCGGGUGUUAUUAUGUUUGCAUUGACAAUAUUUGCCCGGGGUAUCUAUAUUAAAACGGCCAGAGAUAUCAAACGUAUGGAAGGUCUAACCCGUAGUCCUGUCUAUUCGCACGUAAGCACAACACUGAGCGGUUUGGCCAGUAUUAGGUCAUACGGGGCUCAGCAGGCAUUCGAAAAUCAAUUCUACACUUACCAGGAUGAUCACAGUGCCACCUGGUUCAUUUUUGUAGGCGCCUCCCGUACGUUGGGUCUGAUUGCCGAUUGGCUGUGUGUACUGUAUUUGGCAGCCGUAGCUGCAGUCAUCAUGGUCAUUCAUCAUGAUGUCAAUAGUGGUAGUGCUGGACUUGCAUUUGCUUGCGCCCUGAUGUUAACGGGUCAGACACAGUUCGGUGUCCGACAAUCGGCCGAAUUAGAGUCACAGAUGACAUCAGUGGAGCGUAUCAUUGAAUACACACAAUUACCGCAAGAGUCGGCACUCGAGUCUAGCGAAGAUCGGCGACCCGGUCAGGAGUGGCCAGAUUCGGGACGUUUAGUACUCGACAAAAUGCACGUCUACUAUGACAACGCACCCGACAAACCUGUACUGAAAAACAUAUCGUGUGAAAUACGCGGUGGCGAAAAGGUAGGCAUUGUUGGCCGUACCGGUGCCGGCAAGAGUUCAGUCAUAUCGGCACUGUUUCGUAUGGUUGAGCCCACCGGUCAGAUCAUCAUCGACGGUGUCGAUACAAAACAGAUAGGUUUGCACGACUUGCGCCGUGUAAUAGCUAUCAUACCUCAAGAUCCGGUAGUGUUUUCGGGAACAAUGCGCCGAAAUCUCGAUCCAUUCCAGGAAUUUUCCGACAAUCAGAUAUGGGCGGCACUGGACGAAGUUCAGCUCAGACAUGUCGUACAAGAAAUGCCCGGUCGCUUGGAUGGACAGCUCAGCGAAGGCGGCGCCAACUUUAGCGUAGGUCAACGGCAAUUGGUAUGUCUGGCCCGGGCUAUACUCAGACGCAAUAAGAUUCUAGUGCUCGACGAGGCCACAGCUAAUGUUGACCAUCAAACCGAUGCACUUAUUCAGCAAACAAUACGUAAUAAUUUUGCCGAUUGUACUGUACUAACAAUAGCUCAUAGAUUGAACACAAUUAUUGAUUGCGAUAGAGUUAUGGUAUUAGAUGCCGGCCGACUACUUGAGUUUGACGAGCCGUAUGUUUUACUGGGAAAGUGCGGCCAGUUUUAUGACAUGUGCCAGAAAACAGGUAUCGAUAUGUAUAACUAUUUACAAGGUAUGGCUCGUGAAGCUUAUAUGAAGCGCGUGAAUAGGACGUCAACAUUAUAGUUGUGAUAAAUUUUAUAAUUUAUUUAUUAUUUAUUUAUU